AUGGGUGGUAGAUGUCCUGCCGCCAUUCUAACUGACCAGGCACCAGCAAUGAGACGUCCUUUGGAAGAAGUGAUGCCUGAGGCCCGGCAUCGUUGGUGCUUAUGGCACAUAAUGAACAAAAUUCCUACGAAGCUUGGUACUCAUAGCCGGUAUGCAGAGUUGAAAGAUGUGGUGAAAGAGGUUGUUUAUGAGAUUUUAUGUGUAGAGGAGUUUGAGAGUAGGUGGUCUGAUAUGAAAAUGUGGGUGCCAGCAUAUAUGAACAAUUAUUUUUGGGCCGGGAUGAAGACAACGCAGCGCAUAGAGUCAAUAAACUCAUUUUUUGAUGGUUUUUUGGAGAGGAGCACUAAGUUGUUUGAGUUUCCUAAAAAGUAUUGUGAAGCUAUGAAUAAAAGGUGUAGUGAUGAAAAAGAUGCGGAUGCAAAUGGUAUGAAAUAUAUCCGUAAACUGGUGACUGGAUUUCCAAUUGAGAAAUUUUUCCAAAAAAUUUACACGGACAACAAGUUUAGAGAUAUCCAAAGAGGGUGUGAAAGACUUUUGUAUUGUGUUGUGAAGGUUGAGAAAAAGAAUUCGGAGACAGAGUAUGAAUAUAAUUUGGAGGACCGAGUGUGGAUAAUUGUUAAAGGGAAAAGUGAAGAGAUUUUGACGAAGUAUAAGAAAUUCUACGCAGUUAAGUUUUGUACGGAUCCAAUGGAAGUAUCUUGUGUGUGUAAGAUGUUUGAGACUAAGGGCAUUCUAUGUAGGCAUUGUAUACGUGUCUUAUAUACAAACAAUAUUGAUGAUGUUCCUGAAAGAUACAUCCUUAGGCGAUGGUGGAAUGACGUAUAUCGGAAGCACAUGCAUGUUACGGUUGCCUCCUAUGAUCCCACAAAGACCGAGGUUGUUAAAAGGUUUGACAAAAUGAUGUUACAUUGUGAGCCAAUAUGCGAGGAAGCAACAAUCAAUGUUCAAACAAUGCAGUUUGUAUUGAAUGAAUUGGAAAAACUACAGAUAGCUGUUACGGAUAUGGUUAAUGUUGUGAAACAAAAUCAAAAAUAUUUGCCCCUGGAGUCACUACCAUAUCAAGAUCAAGUGGACACCGUAGAAGGAAAUAUUAAGAACCCUCUAAGUAGAGUGAGUGAGGAUCCCAACGGGACGGAUGAUUUAGCAGUUGAAGGACCCUCAGAGGGCGUGCUGACGCGGGACAGUAGUAAGGUGAAACAGACACUAAAUGAGGACCCUGGAAACGCGUAG